ACGCUAUGGUGAGGUAUCCAUUAUGUCCAAUUCUUUUUCAUGUCUCAGCGACAAAGGAGAAAAAGGAGAGGAGAUGGAGUCCCAUGAGGUAGAUACUAAUGGCUUGGAAAUGGUAGAGUUACCUGAAGUAGAAACAGCUGUUGUGGAGCAGAGUGAAGGAAAUGAGGCAGUAAAGAUGACAGAACAGAUCACCCAAACAAAAGAAUUGGGAAGGCAAGGUGAAAGACAGGAAGUGGGAGUGACCUUGAGAGAAUCUUUACCUAGAGCUUCUAAAGAUGGUCACAAGUUCCUUUCGACAAGUACGACGCAGAACACUCGGAUCCCAAAUCCAAUACUAGAAGGUGAUGAUCAUUCUCUAUUCGAUCUUUCUCCAUUUAUUCCACCAGGGAUGAGGGAUUUUCAGGAUUUGGUGAGACAUUGUGAACUCACUGAUCUUAGCUAUCAAGGCCAGAGAUUCACAUGGUGUAACAAGAGAAAGGAGGGAAUAAUUUGUAAGAAACUAGACAGAGUUUUAGUAAGCAAGGAAUGGAUCCAGCAGUAUGGUCAAUCAUAUUCAGUGUUUGAGCCAGGGGGCUGCUCUGAUCACAUGAGAUGCAGAAUUCAUAUCACAGAGGCGAUACAAAGGGUCAAGCGACCUUUUAAAUUUGUUAAUGCGAUUACGAAUUAUGCAGGCUACCACAAAGAGCUUGAAGAGCAAUGGAGACUCUCCUCUCCACUGUUCCAUUCAACCUCUGCAAUUCACAGGCUGUCAAAGAAGCUGAAAGCGCUGAAACCGCACCUGCGGAAGAUGGGAAAACAGAUGGUAGGUACCAUAUCAAUCCGCACUAAGGAAGCCUAUAAGACACUAUGUGACUUACAGGAAGCGACAAUGGCCAAUCCAUCUACACAGGCAGUCAUUGAGGAGGCUGAUGCGUAUGAAAAAUGGAAGAGGCUAUCGGACAUCGAGGAAACUUAUUUGAAGCAGAAAGCAAAACUUCACUGGAUGAAAACUGGGGACCAGAAUAAUAAAACAUUCUAUGCAGCUGCAAAACUAAGAGAAAUCAGAAAUAACAUAAAGGAAAUUCAGUGUGAGGAUGGUACAAUUGCAGAGAACCAAGAAAGCAUCAAAACUGAAGCUGAGCGAUAUUUUAAGGAUUUCUUGUCUAUGAAACCAGCGGACUAUGUAGAAUGGUCAAAGGAGGAGCUUGAAAGCAUUCUGAACUUUAAAUGUGAUGCAAAUGAUAAGUUAAUGCUGACAAAUGAGGUCUCGGAGGAGGAGUUCACUCCGGUUUAAAAAUAAGUCUGGAGAAGUCUA